AUGAAAGUUGAAGGUGAGCAAGUGUCGGCUGUUGGAAAAGAACAGUACAAAGAGCAAAGGAAGCGAGUCGAGAAAAGAGAUGAAGAAGUGUUAAUCAAGUGUAAAUUUUGCAACAAAUCUCAUCCCAGAGAUAAGUUCAAAUGCCCAGCCUGGGGCAAAACAUGCUCAUUGUGUAAAAGAAAGAAUCAUUUCGCAGUCGUCUGUAAUGCUCAACGAAGACCAUUUAGCCAACGAAAGUCAGUAUCGGGCGUCAACGAUGAUACAGACUCAUCGGAGGGAGAAUAUAUAGCUCUGGUGGAGACCAAAGAAGAGGUAGGUGCAGUUAACUCUGAUCAAUACACCUACAAACCAAGUGCCCCCUUGAUGAUUAACAAAAACCUAGAAAGUUUUCAACUUGACAGUGGAGCCACAGUAAAUGUAUUAUCUAAAAGGACAAUGGCAGGUUGUUUUCGAAAGCCUAUUGAGAAGAAGCUGGUGAAAACAAACACAACCCUUGUAAUGUACAAUGGGUCCGAAGUGAAGCCUAUUGGAAAGACAAGGAUUCAAGUUAUUAAUCCUAAGAAUAACAAGAAAUACAGUGUAGAGUUUAUGGUAGUGGAAGAGAAUUGCAAGUCCAUACUCGGGGCUAAAGCUAGUCAACUCAUGAACUUACUUGCAGUUAACAAAGAGAACAUUUUUACUACCGAGUCAAAUGUCAAAGAUGUACCCAAGUUUAUCACCAAACAGCAUCUCAUUGAGGAGUAUCCAGCAGUGUUCCAGGGUCAAGGAACUUUACCGGGCACAUUGCAUCUGGAGAUUGAUGAAUCCAUCUCCCCAGUCCAGCUCCCAACACGAAGGAUUCCACUGGCUGUGAAAGAUAAACUCAAAGCAGAGCUCAACCGACUAGUCGAUGUGAACGUCAUAGCUCCUGUAGAUACACCGACGACCUGGAUAUCGGCUAUUGUGGUUACAGUCAAGAAGAAUGGUGACAUCCGAUUGUGUAUUGACCCAAAGCCAUUAAAUAAGGCUCUCAAGCGUAACCAUUACCCUUCACCCACCAUUGACGAUAUCCUACCGGAUUUGGCCCAGGCUCGCUGUUUCUCAGUCCUUGAUGCCAAGAACGGGUUUUGGCAUGUCCGUCUUGAUGAGCCCAGUUCCUAUGCAACAACUUUUGGCACUCCGUGGGGUGGUACCGGUGGCUGCGCAUGCCCUUUGGCAUAUCACCCGCACCCGAAGAGUUUCAACGUCGUGUGAAUGACAUCUUGCUGGGUCUCCCUGGAAUAAAAGUCAUUGCAGGUGACAUUCUUGUUUAUGGAAGUGGUGCAACCGAUGAAGAAGCUUAUCUAGACCACGACAAGAACCUCAGGGGUUUGAUGGAACGAUGCAGAGAGAAGGGUCUCAAGCUGAACCCUGACAAGAUCCAACUUCAACUCAAAGCGGUAAGCUACAUGGGCCAUCGUAUUACAUCGAAUGGACUAAAGAUUGACCCCGAGAAAACGAAGGCUAUCCGAGACAUGCCAGUCCCCACAGAUAAGCUGGGAGUGCAGCGGUUGCUUGGUAUGGUGAACUAUGUUCAGAAGUUUGCCCCUAAGCUAGCUGAAAUUACUACACCUUUACGUGAUCUGAUCAAGAAAGGAAAUGAAUUCAUAUGGGAGGAACAUGUACACGGGAAAGCGUUGGAUGAAAUCCGGCAGAUCCUCUCAGAACCACCAGUACUACGGUUCUUUGAUCCCAAUGUAAUGCCAGUCCUGCAGUGUGAUGCGUCCAUGAAUGGUCUUGGAGCAUGCCUUUUACAAAACAAUCAACCAGUGGCAUAUGCAUCAAGGUCUCUAACACCAACUGAAGUGCAGUACGCUCAGAUCGAGAAAGAGAUGCUGGCCAUCGUGUUUGGGAUGGAAAGAUUCGAAAGUUAUCUGUAUGGUCGAAACGUAAAAGUGGAAUCAGAUCACAAACCACUAGAGUCUAUUUUGAAGAAAAGCCUCCUAAGUGCACCGAAACGCUUACAAAGAAUGAUACUACGACUCCAGAAGUUUGAGCUCGAAGUUGUGUACAAGAAGGGGCCACUUAUGUUUAUGGCAGAUACACUAAGUCGAGCAACUCUCCACCAACAUAAUGCCGAAGGACCAGGAGAGACAGAAGAAGUAAUGAUUAUGCAUGACACAAGAUCAGCAACGGAAAGAGAAGUCGAGCAAAUUGAUAUGUUGCAGAACCUAGCGGUAAGAGAAACUACUUUAGUCCAAAUUAAAGAGCACACGGAGGCAGACAGCCACCUGCAGGCAUUGGUUCGAAUUGUGAAAGAAGGGUGGCCAAAUACACUAGCUGAAGUUUCUCCGGAAUUACGAGUCUAUCACCCGUUUCGCGAUGAGUUGACAGUACAGAAUGGAGUUAUUUUUAAAGGAGAGCGGUUGAUUGUGCCAGAAGGAUUGAGAACAGAAAUGAAAGAAAAACUUCACUACAACCAUGGCGGGGUACAGGCUACACUUAGAAGAGCAAGGGAAGUAUUCUAUUGGCCAGGGAUGAACAAGGACAUUGAGGAUGUCAUCGCGAAGUGCAAUGUUUGUGCGCAGUAUCGAGCAACAAACCAAAAAGAACCUCUUAUGAGUUCUCCAGUCCCAACACGUCCGUGGGAGUCGAUCGCAACAGAUCUGUUUGAGCUUCGAAACAAAGACUACCUUGUUACAGUGGAUUACUACUCUAACUUUAUAGAAGUAGACAGACUAUACUCGAAGACAAGCACUGAAGUUAUCCAAAAAUUAAAGGCACACAUGGCACGUUGCGGUGUACCUGAGCGGGUAGUCAGUGAUAACGGGCCACAGUACAGUUCCAGCGAGUUUCAGGACUUUGCUGCGCAAUAUGAAUUCGAACAUGUAACCUCGUCGCCUCGAUAUCCUCAAUCAAACGGGAAAGCGGAAAGUGCGGUGAAGACAGCAAAGCGAAUUAUGAUGAAAGCGUUAGACGCGAAAGCAGAUCCUUAUCUGGCCAUGCUCGAACACAGGAACACACCAUCAGAAGGUAUGAGUACCUCGCCAGCACAACGAUUAUUUGGAAGGAGAACAAGAUCCACAAUUCCAACCUCGCGUAAAUUGCUUGAGCCUACCUGUAUGCAUUCUACAAAACAGGAGCUCCAACAGGCAAAAACUAAACAAGCUUACUAUUACAACAAGGGGUCAAAGAAACUUCCAACACUCAAGGUCGGUGAUGCAGUCCGUAUGAUGCCCGAGAAAGGAAAGAAAAGCUGGAGGAAAGGAAAGGUGAAAGCGAUUGUUAGUCCGAGGUCGUAUAUUGUUGCAACUGAUGAUGGAGGAAACUAUAGAAGAAAUCGCAGGCAUCUUCGGAAAACUGUGGAACCAGACGAAUUAGACGCAGACAUAGAAUUACCAAUGGAAGAACAUGAUGUACCAGAUCGACAGCAGCUGCCAGAAUGCAAGGAACCGGUUGCUCAUGAACCU